GGCGGGGGGGUAAGAAAAAAGGGGACAGAAGAACACUGAGGAUAAGGCAGAAAAACUGAGGAAAUGUGACAAUCCAACGGUCGUUUUCAUGGCGAGGGGGGAACCGGUGCGAAAGGAGUUAUUCUGGGACUCCUUCGAGCCUCGACACGCUGGAUCAAAAUGCUCAUAGUGGAGAAGACCACAGACUUCCCCUCUGCUGAGUUCUCCCUGGUGGAGGAUGUGGCUCUGCACUUCACCUGUUUGAUGGACAGGCUGAACGAGCAGCGCCUCUUCCAGCCCGACCUGUGCGACGUCGACAUCGUUCUGGUGCGUCAGCACAGCACCUUUCCGGCCCACAAGGGCGUGCUGGCGGCCUACAGCCCUUUCUUCCACUCCCUCUUUGCACAGAGCAAACAGCUGCGGCGGGUGGACCUGUCGCUCGACGCGCUGACCUCGCAGGGCCUGCAGCAAAUCCUCAACUUCAUUUACACUUCCAAACUUCUGGUGAGCAGCCGCACCGUCCACGACGUGCUCAACGCGGCCGCCCUGCUCCAGAUGAGCGACAUCGCGGCCUCCUGCCGCGACCUCAUCAGCAGCCACACGCUGAGGGCCACCCGCGGGGGCAUGGCCAAUCGGGAAGGGCUCGGCGGCGGCGACCCAGCCUCGGCAGCGAUGGCGCCCGGCCAGCUGUACCCGGGCAUCAAACACGAGUCGGAGCUGGGCAGGUUGUACAAGAGGGACGGCGGCAGCCCGUUUUCUGUCAGGCUGGAGGAGGCGGGAAAGACGGCCUCGCAGCAGAAGCAGUAUUACCAGAAGGAGGAGACGUCAGGGGGCGGGGCUUCUCUCUGCAAAGUCGAGAGCAAAGGGGAGGAGUCGACGGCCGCCGACGGCCACGCCUCCUUCAACAGAGACCAGAUCAUCGUCGAGGUCAACCUCAACAACCAGACCCUCAACGUGUCGAAGGGGCCCGAGGCGAAAGCGGCAAGCGCCACCGAGUCGGCCGCCAUGUUGUUUGGCUGUUGCCACGACAACGGGGGAGAUUCCGAUGACGGGGCGGAGAACGACGACGCGGUCGGAGACGAAGACGAGCCGAAGAGGGGGGACACGCUGGGGCGGAGCAGCGAUGAGGAGGAGGAGGAGGAUGAGGAGGAUGAGGAAGAUGAGGAAGAGGAGGAAGAGGAGGAGAACACCUUAAACAUUCCGGGCUUGGAGCAGUCCGCCUUGGUGGAUCGAACUCGCCGGGGCACCAGGGCCUUCGCCACGACGGGCGGCGCCGCCUCCACGAGGCCGACUCUGGCGGAGGCCAAGCUGGCCAACCAGCGGGCCGGCGUGAGGAGGAGGCCGGACGCCGAGGGCCCCGGCCAAAAGGUCCGGCUGGAGGAGAAGCAGCAUUUCCCAUGCAAGAAGUGCCCUCGCGUCUUCAACAACCGCUGGUACCUGGAGAAGCACAUGAACGUCACUCACAACCGCGUGCAAGUGUGCAGUAACUGUGGGAAGCGCUUCCUGCUGGAGAGCGAGCUGCAGCUGCACCAACAGACCGACUGUGAGAAAAGCAUCCAGUGUGUAACAUGUGGCAAGGCCUUCAAAAAGCUGUGGUCGCUACAUGAGCACAACAAGAUCGUCCACGGCUACGCCGAGAAGAAGUUCUCCUGCGAGAUCUGUGAGAAGAAGUUUUACACCAUGGCUCACGUCAGGAAGCACAUGGUCGCUCAUACAAAGGACAUGCCGUUCACCUGUGAGACGUGCGGGAAGUCGUUCAAGCGCAGCAUGUCACUUAAGGUUCACUCUCUGCAGCACUCGGGAGAGAAACCCUUCAAGUGUGAGAACUGCAGUGAACGCUUCCAGUACAAAUACCAGCUUCGAUCCCACAUGAGCAUCCACAUCGGACACAAGCAGUUCAUGUGCCAGUGGUGCGGGAAGGACUUCAACAUGAAACAGUACUUUGACGAACACAUGAAGACGCACACUGGAGAGAAGCCGUACAUCUGUGAGAUCUGUGGGAAGAGCUUCACGAGCCGGCCCAACAUGAAGCGCCACCGCCGCACCCACACCGGGGAGAAGCCCUACCCCUGCGAGGUGUGCGGCCAGCGCUUCCGCUUCUCCAACAUGCUGAAGGCCCACAGGGAGAAAUGCUUCCGGGUCAGCCACCCCAUGGUCACCGAGGGCAACGACCCCCUGGGCCCCCACCAGCCCCUGGCCCCGCCCGCCGCGGACUCCUCCUCUUCCUCCUCCGGCCGGGCGCUCCGCGCCACGUCUGCGACGGCACCGGCCGCGGCCUCCGGCCCGCGCCACCUCCACGCCACCCAGCUGUCUCUUCCCCUGCUGCCCUCCAUGGGGGGGCUGCCGCCCGCGCCUCACCUACCCCCGCCGCCGCCCCUGUUCUCUGCCGGUAGGAUGAACUCCGCCGACUAACAAAUCUCCGUAGCACCGAAGGCACUUUUGUUACUCUUUUUGUUUUUCUUAGAGCUAUUGAGAGGACUCCCCGCGGCCCGGAGAGAGAGAGAGCGAUGCGCCCUCAGUGACGUUUACGCUGAGAGGAAAAGACUAAAGGCUAACACACAAUAAGAAAUAGCUAUUUUUUACUCUGUUUAAUACAAUAGAUAACCUCAGAGUCCAGUAGGACGUGUUGUCACCGCGCCUUUCCUCAUCAAUUUCACAACUCGGUUCUGGUUUCUUUCGGGGUUCACACACAUCUCUCCACAAUGCAUUGAUUGUAGCAUCUUUGACAAAGUCGUCGGGAAGAGAUUCCCUGAAUCCUCACUCAGCUGGGGAGGGAGGGAGGGGUGGGGGGGUCAUCAGUCGAGCGAGAACCACACUAUAAUGGGAUGUAGCGAGUGGUUGUGAUCCCAGCAAUAACCAAAUGCUGAUUUGUCUGAGCAUAAACAUGUACAUGGCAUCGCCAAUAACCAAAUCCUGCUAUAGUGAUACAGUUUUAAUGUUAUACAGCAUUUAUAAUCGAUCCUGCACCUUACAUUUAACUCUAGUGAUAUUUGAAAUGUACUCCUAACUGUCUCCAUUUUUAUAGUUGUGAUGGUGUGUUAUUUGUGGCACGUUGCGUCCACGUGUAAGGACGCGAGGGAAAGUUGGGAUGUGGGGACAUUUGGCCGUGUGAUGCGGCGUGUGAGGUGAGUGAGUGUGUGUGUGUGUGUGUGUGUGUGUGUGUGAUGAGAUGAGAUGAAGACCUUCAGUUCUACGUUCAGCUAUACAGGAGAUCUUCCUCCCCGAGUCAGGAGAUGGACUCAUUUGUUGACUCAUCUUUUGCUUACAUUAAGCAAACACGCUCUUCUCCUGUAGAUUUGGCUUUGAGACAAUAUCGCACUGACCCGUUAGUAAAAAAAACAAACAUAAUAUAAUCCAACCUACAGAAGAUUUGCUAACAUUUCCCAACCAAACCGUUUUUGUGUCAUUUAAUCUGGAUAAUACCAGUAUUAUGUAGCUCAGUAAUUCUUCACAUUUCAUCAAGAUGUAUAUUGAGAAAUGAAGAACAUUAUAUUACAAAGUCUCUUAUAUUACAAAGACAGUGAGUGAUUUCGGCACAACAGGGCUCACCUGCUAUGGGUUACUAUUAUAAAUCAGUGCAUUUCUUAUAAAGGUGACAUGCAUAAACACAUCAGAGAUAUGGACAUGCAGUGAUACCCGUUCAUCAUUUGAGACUCUACGUGCACUUUUGACAGUUGUUUGUCAUAAACCUACUGGAAUAGAACUGAAAGAAUAAAAUCCAUGUCAGUAAAAAGCGGUUCUCUUAAAGCAAUAGUUUGACUCUUUUGGAAAAUACAGCAUCAUUUCUGUAUUCUAAAUAUGAAGCCGUAGUUAGCAGCUUGUGAGCCUUGCUUAUUGAAGUACAAGUGCGUAGAGUAGAGGAUAAAAACACAAAAGAAUGAAGGCCUAAAAGCACAUUAAAUGUUAUUUUAUCCUUCAGAAAAAAGUGUAAUAAUGACCAUUCCUGACUCUGCUGGGGAGACUCCACUUCCUGUGAGAUCACAAAUUGAUGUUUUUGUUUUUUGUUCAGAUUAAAUAAAGAACUUCUUGUAUAUUCAUGUAUUCAUAGCUAAGCUAACUUUCUGCUAGAUGCAGCUUCAUAUUUAGCGUACAUAUAUGAAUGUGGUAUUUAUCUUCUCAGCUAGCUCCCUGCAAGAAAACGCCGAAGCAGCUUCCCAAAAUGUCAAAAUAUUUCUUUUUAAAUCUGACAUUUCAAUCGGUUAAUUUCCAAAAGUCGUUGCACUCCCGAUAGAUGGCCUGCUUGUAAGUGUAGCGUUGACCUGUAUAUAUUGUUAAAAUGUGUUUUUUGUGUUUAAUUCCUCAUGUUUACAUUCGGAGAGCCGUUUGAAUGUGCCCCCAUGUGCGUCUUGGCUGGUACUUCCGGAUGUUGGAAUUUGUGGAUAAGCUUUUGUAAAUGUAAUAAGCUGUUCAUUGUUUUAUUUAAAAGACAAAUUGAAGCACCUUAGUGUAGUCUUAUGUCUGUUUUAUCCUCCCAGUUACAUGUAUCUCUUUAACUUCCAUGGUUAAAUGAUUAGGGCCACUUCAGAUGCUAUUCGACAAUGGUACUUUUUGUUUUGUUUCUUCAUGUGUCAAACACAUACGUUUUGAUCUUUGAUUUGCUGCUUUUGAAUAGGGUCCAGUUUUGAAACUGCCCUUCAAAUAAAAAGUCUACGGCUGUUUUUUUAAUAUAUAUAUAUUUGGCUAGCACAAUUGGAUUAUUUUUCAGUAUUCAUCAGUUAGAUGAGGUCACAACAUUUCAAGAAUUAAUCUAGUCAUAGUUAUAUGGGGACAUCUGAUGUUUGACAGAAGGAAGGCAGUUUCUCCCAAACACAAGUGUUGCUCUCUUGUGGUAGCUCAGUGAACUGCACUCUGUCAGCUGCACAAGAGAUGGAGAGAUGUUCCCCUUGAGAGUAGAUUAUCAUGCAUAGUGUAUCUCAUGUCAUCACGGGAGACACUAGUACUUUGGGAUCAUUAGAAAGGCUAAAGAUGGAACGUAUUUGGCAUCAAGUAUUUGUCACUUUUCAGAAGCCCAAGAGACAAUACUGAGAUACUGUGGUUAUACUUUGAGUAUUUGCCUUAUACUCCGAGGGGAUUCGAAUGUUUCCAUGUCACGGAUGAUGAUCGUAGCUGAUGCUAAAAGGGGAGCGAUAGUAGUGAAUACUACUGAUUUAUGCACUUUGAAUUUACCCCACAAUGGGGAACAUGCAUAUACGUAAGUUGGGUGAUAGAUAGAGCUGAAGUUGUUUAGUGCAAAGAAAAGAUGGCUGAAACUAAACGCACACAUUUUACACUUAAAUGUACCACAAAGUGGCAGAGGAGUCGGUUAUGGUUCAACUUUGACCUUGACUGGUGUUUCUGUUUCAGUCUUCUUGCAUGACACCACGCCGCUCUUUAAACAAUAAUCUGUGACUACUCCCUGCACACGGUGCACCUCUGCUGUAUCUGAUUGGCUUGUUCCCAAAUCACUACCCAAAUGAAGAGAAAUCCGUUUUAGCUCUUACCAGUUUGCUCCUAUUUGAAGGGCCUUUAAAAUGUGGCUGUUGCGUUUCAUGCUAUGAGAAAUGUCAAGCAAGUUGCCAAUUGAGGAAUGAGAAAGAUCUAUUAUGGCGAGCACUUUAUAGUACAGUUCUGCUGGUGUGGUUUGAAGGCUGAUACAGUAGCAGUUACAUGAAUCAAAACCUGCUGACGACAGGUGGGCUUUUUAUAUUUUUCCGGGCAUAAGAUUGCGGAAAAUUACAAAAAUGCAAUUCCUGCCAGAAAUGUUGCCUUGGUAGGUGUGAAGUCCUCUGAAUUAAGGUUUUAUUUAGACCAAAGGAUGCCGCAAAUGUCUGUUUCAACCAAUAAAAAAGAAGUGCUGCUGUAUUUAUCUGUUUGGAAUCAGUUGAAAUAUUACUUUAGAAUCUACACAACUCUAAAUCUCAAUCCACCUUAGCAAGCAGCCUUUGAUUUACUAUUUAGUGAACAAGUCCUUCAAAAAUCCAUCUGCAAACAAGAAAAAAAACAUUUUAGACAUCAUCAAAGCGACAAUGUGCAUUGAGAAUAUAUCAGAGACAGAUAAGCCCGUAUGUCUCCCAAAACUACAGAAGGAUAUAACAAUAAAUAUGUUUUGUGAUUUACUAUUCUACAGUUGACAAGGGACAUUUUGCACAGACUUUUCGGAGGCCUCCGUUAGAGGAGACUAGGCUUACUGUGUUUUUUUAGUCACACUCCUGAACUAAGGCUAGCAGCCAAAGGCUCGUAUUUGAUCUUGUUGUUAAAUGACAUCCAACAGGAUUUUGAUUAUCUUGCCUAUUGUGGGAAUAUUGCUAUUUUAAUGUAAUAGCAGUCGUUUUGUUUUCGUGAAGAUUUGUAGAGAAAGCAGUAUGUGUAUGAAAGAUUUUAAAGAAAUGUGUUACCCUUUUGAAGAUAUAACAAUGUUGUCUCAUUUGUAGCAAGGAUCAGUUUUGUUUUUUUUGCUUUUUGGUGCAAAUUUGUCGAGCCCCAAAAUAUUACACAAAUAAAUCAUAAAUAUAAGUGAGUUCAUUAAAUAAAAAAAGUGAUUAAAAUGGAGUAGCAGAAAAUGUAUCAACAACUACUUGGAUAAUCAAUUCAUCUUGAAAAUUGAUAACAAUUCUAUCAAUUUAAUUAUGCUAUAAUUGUAAACAUAAUAUGUGACAAAACAAACGCUACUUAUGUAUUUUAGCUUUAUUUUUAAAUCAUACACACACACGCACAAGAAUAUAGACUAUAAAGUCUGAGAAUAACUUUGUGGUCUGUAAUGAAGACAAAAGUCAUACCCUAAUUAGCUUUAUUGGCUACUUAAUGCCAAUUCUUCAUAGCUAGCUUUAGCUAACUUUUUGGUUAGCUUGUUGGCUCAAUGACUUAUAAGGUAUAUGGUAUACUUAUAAGAUGAGGGUAUGUAGUAUCUUGAUCAUUACCAUUGUGUUUCUUGGCAGGCGUAGUUGUAUACCCAAAGGCGUACUAAAGCUAAUUGAUUAGCCCGCAUUUGCUCCACAAAUGUUGCAAACAGUUUAAGUGAUUUAUCAUUUUGACUGACGGUAUUCUCAUUAGCGAUUUUUUCAGUUGUAUUUGAUAAUCCUUUACUACAUUUUGUCAGUGUUUGGGCUCCAUAUAAACUAGACUAUGACAUGGCGGUAACUUGGCAUGUGGGAGUUUCUCUGGCUGUUCUAAUCAGUUUGUGGGCAAAGACGAGUAUGACAACAAUUCAAAGAUGUACUAUCCACAUCCCCUACAUUUACCGUACCUAAUCAUACUGCCGCUUUGUUAAUUCAUGCGUACUGUUAUUUACUGAUUCUCUUCUUCAUUAUGAAAACACUAUGUCUUAGUUAACUCUGGUGUACAAAACCCACGUGUAGGCAGUAGUUGUCAAGUUCAGCUAUAUUAAAAUACUAAAAUCCAUACAAAGACAAUAGUGUCUAGAGGUGCUAAUAACAUUAGACUGUAUUUUCUGUCUUCUAUUGUAUUAUUGACUAGUGUUUACUGUCUGUAACAUAACAGAGCGUAAUUAAAUCAUUUCAAUAUUAAACAGUAUAAAUAUAUUAUUUCAAAUGGA